AAAAAAUGUAGUCCAUUUUGCAUCGUUCGCACGUCUCCGCAGUCCGCAAGCAGAGCUUAUCUUUGUUCCAUCGUUCUUCACUUUCAAAGUAAAAGGAAUUCAUAGCCAUGGGGAAAGAUGCCAAGACCAAGGAUAGUAAAGGAAAGGGUAAACAGACUGCCAGUGGAAGUGAUGCCACUGCUUCUAAGGUUAAGGGAAAAGGUGGCAAAGGAGAUGGCCUUGGAACCUGUACACAUGUCAAAGCUAGGCAUAUCCUAUGUGAAAAGCAGGGUAAGAUUAAUGAAGCAUACAAGAAGCUACAAGAUGGGUGGCUGGACGAUGGAAAUAAGGUUCCACCAGCUGAGUUUGCUAAGGUAGCUCAAGUAUAUUCAGAAUGUCCAUCAGGGAAGAAAGGUGGGGAUCUUGGAUGGUUUCCUCGUGGCAAAAUGGCUGGCCCAUUUCAGGAUGUUGCCUUCAGUACUGCUGUUGGGUGUACCAGUGAACCAUUCAAAUCGACACAUGGGUACCAUAUUAUUCUUUGUGAGGGGAGGAAGAAUUGAUAGGAUUGACCUUCAAAUCAAGUUGUAUGUGGAAGCUAUGGAAAUCAAGAAACCAAGUGUGUUCAGUUAUCUACUUAUCACCUACUUUGCUGAAUGAUGCUUUCAUACUAAUAAGUACAGUCUAAUCAAUCUCUUUCAUUGGAAAUGCUUUCGCAAGGUUGCGGGGAAUGAAUGACAUUUAUGAAUUGUCCAGCCGAUUCAUUGUCUUUUCAUAUUCAUGUUUUUGCACAAUUAGUCAGUCCUCCUAUCAGUUUUUACUGCUUAGAUUAUGUCCUUUGCAUGAUCCUUGUUCCAUUAUAGUGGGUUGAUUCUAUAAAUUAGAAUGUGAAAAUUUUAUUCCAUCUGCUUCACUGGGACUACAUGAGCGUUACAAUAUGAAAUAUGUAUCAAAUAUGUACGUUAAUACUUUUACUCUAAAUUAGUGUAGAAA